AUGUCAACACACACAUUCACACACGAUACAAAGAAGUGCAACCUCCACUCCCGCCUCAGAGCCUGUGCUCAUGGACAUCGUUCCCCCAGCGACCCCACUUCCACAAUUCGAGAAGUCUACAAUGAAAAUUCAAGCCCGGAAAGCUCGCCACCAUCCGGUUACGCCACUUUCGAAUGCCUAGCAUGCAAAUUCCCAAGCGUUCAAACCCAAAACCAACACGGGCAGUCUCCAUCUCCGUCUGGGCACGCAUUCGACCCAUCGCCCUACUCCCCCACUUCCAACUACUCUAGCUAUACGGACUGCUACUACGCCGACGACGAAAUCACCAGCAGCGACAGCGACAUCGAAGCCGAUAUCCAAGCCUGGCGCUCUAUGGUCAACGAUAAUGGGUACCGGGACACAGACGGUGAGUCGUUCACCUUCGAACACGAAGAAGAGCCUCUAUUCCGAGACGAAGGUAUAAUUGAUCAGGUCGAUGAAGAGCACGGGUGUGCCUAUGCCUAUAAUGACAGAUCCGACGGGUAUGAUGGAUUAGGCCAGAUGUGGAUGUUGAAUGCAGUACAAGCAUUAGUAAUGGGCGCGUUCAUUCUCAUUCUUGUGUCGGUGGUUUGUAUCCUGAUUGCGGUUCUUACAGGGGGGAGUUCCUAA